CAUAAACAGGUUCACACCAAAGUUUUAUCACCAUUUGAAGAGUCCGCAGAUAAAAACCCAGUUGUGCGAUCAGUAAUCCUCAAACUGCUACUGAAGUUCAGCUUUGAUGAGGUUCAGAAAUAUUUGCAACAACAUUUUUCAUCUGUUGAAGAAAGCAGAUUUGUGGAUGAUGGGGACAGAGCAGAGCUCUAUGCUUUAUACAUCAACUGCUUGGAGGACUCCAUCUGGGAGAAAAUGCCACUGGAGGGCAACAAAGCUGCAGAGUUACAAUGGUUUACUAAUGAAACACAGUUCCUGCGCUUGUUUUUGGAAGAAGACACUUCUGCUGCAGCAACAGUCUGUAUUCAACACCUGCAACAUAUUGCCCGAUUGCGUGUGACGCUCACCAUGGCUGCACAGCUCAUCAGUGACAGACUGCCUGACGGAGCAGAAGAUUUUCUAAACAUGGUGAAAAAGCUCUGUGAGGACAGUGGAAAUGACUGGUAUCGUGUUUACCUCAUCCGCAAGCUCAGCGAAUCACAGGGUGUGGAGUACGUCCAGACAAUGAUGAAAAAACCUGAGUUCUUCUGGAUUUUCCCUGAAGAGAUACAUCAGCAGAAUGAAGAUGGAGGCCUGAUGGACCAGUAUCUUGUGUAUGGAGAGGAGUACAAGUCCGUGCGAGAAGCAGUUGCCAAGGCAGUAGUGGACGGUGAUGUCGAGCAGAUAGAAGACGCCUGUGAGAGAUGCACGGCAUCACCAAAGAAUCGGACAGUGUUUCUCCUGCUGGCUCUUUUCCGAGAGGUUACAACUCUGUACAGAUCUGAAAACAGGGGUCUUCAUCCUACUCCUGAGCAAUGUCUUAAAUUUGAUGACCUCAUCGAGGGCUCAACGUAUCUGCAUCAAGCAGAAGUAAGACGAUUUGCCUCAGCCUUGGUUUACAACAGGUUGGGAGCGCUCACUGUUCAGCCUGGUAGUGCUAUCAUGGAGAACACCAUCACUGAGCUGAUCAUUCAUCUGGCAGCUGUGCUGCUCACUGGGAAUCAUCACCUGCUAAUGCCACUCAAGCAUCUUGGUCUGUCUCCUGAAAAUAUGCAGAGGGCUUUUAUACCCACAAUGCCUGAUGACAUUUUAGCUGUUGCCCAGGCAGCCAUGAAUUCUGAGGGCCAGCUCACUUGGUAUGUCUGUCCAAAUAAUCAUCCAUGCUGCGUUGAUAUGUGCGGCAUGCCCAUAGAGAGAGGCCGAUGUCUGGAGUGUGGUGAAGAAGUUGGAGGAGAACAUUACGCAGUCGUGCCUGGAUUCACAAAAGUUCAGUUGCAUGAGGAUCAAACACGUCCCGGUCACAUUCUGGGAGACCCUGAACGGAGAAACAACCCAGAUGCUUUAGACACCAAACACAUGUCUCUGACUCCCUUCACUCUGGUCAGGUUGGUUACACAUUUGGCCAUGAUGCUGGGAGCCUCAGAGAAACCUGAGGUUGUCCAACAGAUAAUCCAGCCACCUGUGGAGGAUGUCAGUUUGUUUCUCAGGUUGCACAUAACAAAGGAUCUUGAGCAUCUGUCCCAGGCACUGGGAAAAGGAGCUGACGACAACGUAACAUCUGUUCACUUGGUGCUCAAAUCACUGCAGGAGCUACCACGGGCCAGUUCCACUACUAUCGACCCUUAUCUUACAACCAAAGAAUCCAGAAACACCUGGGAGACUACUGUGGCGACAGAUAUUAUGACACCAAAGCUGAUGGAUCUUGACCAACUCCUACAAGAGGCAAAGGGAACCAUCAGAAAUGACUCACGUGUAUCUUCCAACUUCAUCAUAAGGACGAUCCACGGUGAUGACUUUAGCUUCCUCACCUCACUGCAACAGGGCUCUGAGGUCAACAGCUCAGCAGUGUGGAGCUGCAGGGAGAGGCUGUCGUUGCUCAGCCUCACACACAUUAUGGAGACGAAUGAUCAAAAGGAGGAGCUCCCCCUGCUCUGGAGGUUCCUGCAGAAGGAGAGAGAAUUUCGGCUUAUCAAAUUCCUCCCAGAAAUCCUAAACCUGCAGAAACGUUUGGUGAGAAAAUACCAAAAUGCAACUGAAGAUAUCGUGGGCUCCAUCAGAGAAUUCAUUGAUCAGCAAACAGAAAUGGGGCAGCAGUAUCAAAAACACAUUGAGACCUUCUUGAAAACAUGGAAUCAGCUAAGAGUUUCUGUCACCAGCAAUGAAAUAAAAAUUCCAGAAGAAUUUUGCAGCAGCGAUUUGGACCUGGACAGUGACUUGCAGUACCUCCUGCCCCGUCGGCAGGGUCCAGGCCUGUGUGCCACAGGGCUGGUCAGCUAUCUGGUGACUCUCCACAAUGAGUUGGUGAAUGCAGUGGACCGUCACACACGAGAGGACAGCAGUGACUACACAGUGAGUCUGAUGGAGCUAAUGGAGCAGCAUGUGAUCAGCUAUGAUGUGGAGAAGGAUCUGCUUCCACUGGUUUUGUCCAACUGUCAGUACAGCUUGGAACGUGGCCACGAGACAAUAUCUGAGUAUGACCUGCCCAGGAUCCAACAGCAGAUCCUCACCCGCUUUCUGCAGGGAAAACCUCUCAUUACCCGCGCAGGAAUUCCCACACUGGUCAAUAUGCAAGAGAGAGACUAUGAGACCAUUUUCAAAACUGUUCAUGGAAAAGUGGCACAGACGGCUCUGUCCCGUUUGAUCUGGAACUCCGUGUCGAGACAGCUGGACUCUUACAGCGAAGUGUGUGAAGCACUGAAGAUUGUGGAGCUGCUUCUGGGUUAUCUCUCAAUGACUGGUGGUGAUCCCAAAAUGAAACUGGUCAUUUACCUUCAGGAAAUACUAAAGAUGGACCAAAAUAUUAAUCAGCACAUACUGAAGGCUUUUGGCAAAUGUCAACUCAGACACUGUGUUUGUCUGUGGCAAGUCCUGUCCUCUCUCAGAUCUGAAAAAAUGCUGCAACUGAAAAGGGAGCCCUUUUCGGGGUAUCCAGCCGAGUACCAGGUGCCACUGACUGAGGAAAACAAGACUGAGCUGAAACGAUUCAUGUCCAGAGGAAACAUGGACCAGUGGCUGCUUGAGAUGCAUGAGUUCCUCUUGUUGCGCCUGGGCCGCCUACGGGCAACUGAGGACUACAAUCCAUCAAAGAGUCUGAAGGUGGCGGUCAGUGCCUACAUGAAUCGUAAAGAAGUAGAAGUCCCUCCUUACGUGGAGGAAAACUUCUCUGAAAAUGUGCAGCUGUCUCAGAUAAUUGAGACCUGGAAAUACACCAUCACAGCCAAACAGGAGUUGAUGAAUGAGUGAUGAACGGAAUGAGUGCAUAGAGAGAUAUUAGUUAUCUAAAGAAGUAAACAAAGGUAUUUUUUCUGCAUUUAUUGAUGUAAUAAUCAUAGGAUGUGUUGUGCUGUUCAUUUGUUUUUUGGAAUUAUUUUAGAAAUUCAAUUCAACAACCAAAAACUAUAUUUACAUUUUAAUAUUUUAUUUUUCAUUAUGAUUUACUUCUCUUGUGAAUAGGUUGAAUUUAAAAAAAAAAAGAGUAAUAUUAUCAUGCUGCAAGGAGUGAAUAAUAUUUCUCCAUCUAAUAAGAAAUUAAAGGUGAUUGAUACACAGAAAAAAGCAAAAUCUUGUAAUCCAAUGUAAAUGAAUGUGCACGGUUCGAUCAUAAACAUGAAAGGGGAUGGUAUACUGAGCAUUUUACACUUUUUCAUACAUAUUUUAUUUUUCUUAUAUUUUAAAAUGCUUUAAGUUUUUAUUUACAUUUGUGUAAGAGUUGAGAUUUGCUACAUUUUAUGGGUUUUUUUAAAAAAUUUAAUAGUUAGAUUUAUCAGAUUUUCAACACAUGUAUUAAACCUGGUUGCGUUCAGCAGAUAAUCGAGAGAUGAAUUGGAUGGGUUUAGAGAGAUUUUAGUUUAUCAGUUAACUUUAAGUCAUACUACUUCUUUGAACUCUUUUAUUUAUUUAUGGUCUUGUUGAUGUUUUUCUUGAUUCGUUUAUGAGUAAGAUUAGAAAUUACCUUUAACCUCUGUGAAAACAAUGAAACAGCAAAGCAGAAUAAACUCAAGCACAUCCUCAGUGAGCUGCUCAUGUAUUCACUGUGAGAGUAUAUACAGUAUGACUGCUUUGAUAUAUUUUAUAUAUCAUUCUUUGAUGACUAUUUUUGUUUUAAAGUAAAAUCUUUUAGGGUGAAGUAACAACAGGAUGGAUUGAUAAACUAGUGCAAAAACUGCACAUUUUCCAUUUUUCUUACAUGUUAAAAAACUAUAAAUGUUCAUUUGCAUAAAAGUGACUUGAAUACGUUCAUUUAAAGAAAACAUUUAUUUUACAGCUAAAGAACAAAAUAU